UCUCCUGACAUUAUCGAGGCCUGCGCGGUAGAGACAGUUGUUCUAGUCGUGUGGCAGUGCUUCGUGUGUCCUAUCCUCCUCCUAGAAAUAGUAAAGAAUAUUAACUUAACAAAAAUGGGCGACUCAGUGACACAAGAACCCCCUAUGUACUCUCCCUUCUUCGGAGUUAUGGGAGUUGCAUCUGCAAUGGUUUUCAGCGCGCUGGGUGCUGCGUACGGCACAGCCAAGUCGGGCGUUGGCAUCGCAGCGAUGUCGGUGAUGCGGCCGGAGCUGAUCAUGAAGUGCAUCAUCCCCGUGGUGAUGGCCGGUAUCAUUGCCAUCUACGGCCUGGUGGUGGCCGUGCUGCUCGCCGGCAAAAUUGAUUCUGCCGAGAAGGGCUACGAUCUUUACCAGGGUUUCGUGCACCUGGGCGCGGGGUUGUCGGUGGGGUUGUCGGGGUUGGCCGCAGGGUUCGCCAUCGGCAUCGUGGGCGACGCUGGCGUCCGCGGCACAGCGCAGCAGCCGCGCCUCUUUGUCGGCAUGAUCCUCAUACUCAUCUUUGCUGAGGUCUUGGGUCUGUACGGUCUGAUCGUGGCCAUCUUCCUCUACACGAAGACCUCGAGCGCUUAAAUCCUGCGCUGGAGGAUUUAAAUCCUGCCAGAAGGAUAAAGGAUUUAUUUAAUAAAUCCUUUUUGCCAGAAGGAUUUAAAUACUGCUAAGGAUAAAGGAUUUAACUAAUAAUCCUGCCUGUCAGAAGGAUUUAAAUCCUGCGAAGGAUAAAGGAUUUAUUUAAUAAAUCCUGCUUAAGUCAUCGCGUCGCAGGAUGAAUUUAUUAUUUAUACGAGAAGAAAAGUUUGUUUUUAACAUUGAACUUCGUGAAUUAGAAAGAUAGCUAAAAAAAACUUGUCUUUCCAUUUCGAGAUUUUGAGAAAAAAUAAGUUUUGAUCUUAGAAAGAUAGCAAAAUUUUUUUUUACAUUUCGCCAUUUUUUGAAUAUUCGAGGUAAAAAUAAGCGUUAAAAAAAUGAUGUAAUAAAAGUUGACAACCACAAAUUAAAAAUGGUGUAAAAUGUGGCGACGUAGAGGCCAUAAUGUGGCAUGGAUGCCAUAAUGUGGCAUG